AUGGAUUCCGCUGAUCACUCCGCUACGUUACCGUCGUCUCCUGCGCCACCACCGCCUCCGUCACCAGCAUCGAUACCUUCCCACUCAACCGCGGACUCCGAUUCACCUGCUCCAUCAAAUGCUUCUUCGUCAAACAACGACGAAGCCCGCAACAGCUCGAGCAAGUCCAUGUCUCCAGUUCGGUCCAAUUCAUCCGGCCCAGGCCCAUUACCGGAAGACUCCAAUUCUGUCGGCCCGUCUACAUCUGAAACAUCAUCCCAAAGCCCACAAUCGACUUCCUCGUCUUCAUCAACCUCCGAUGCACAGAUGCUUCCGCCUCCGCCAGAAAUCUAG